UUUAAAAUCGAAAUAUGUAUUAAUGGAUGCUGUUAAAGAUUAUAUAAAUAGUGAUCAAAAACAAAUGUAUGAUGUAUAUAAUUAUAUAUUUAAUAAUCAUUUUAUACAACAAUUAACUAUACAACAAUUAAAUGUACAAGAUUCAACUGGACGUACGCCAAUUAGUUAUAUUGUAUCAAAUGGACAAAUUGAUUUAUUAGAAAUUUUAUUACAAACUGAUCGAAGUUCAAAUAAGAUUAAUGUCAAUUUACCGGAUAAUGAAGGGAAUACACCAGCACAUUUUGCUGCUCAAGCUGGUCAAGUGGAAUGCUUGAAUUUUUUAAUAAGUAGAUGUCCAAACAUUGAGAUUGAUGCACGUAAUCAUCUUGGUUUUACACCGUUAAUGAAAGCUGCAUUACAGGGACGAAAUAAAUGUGCCAAAUUAUUAUUAUUCGCUGGAGCCUCACCAUCUUUACGUGAUACUGGUCGAGGUUUAACAGCUGAACAGUGGGCCCGAUAUUGUGGUCGCUCUAUUUGUGCUGAAAUGAUUGAAAAAUUUACUAAACAUCGAUUAGUAGCUGUAACAUCACCAACUGGUGAAGGAGGAUGUUGGGCAUCUGAACCGGAUAUACCUGGUGCUAAUCGAAUAUUAAUGGGUAAAGUUAACAUGGUUAUGUCAUCUAGUCCAUCAACGACGUGUUCAUCGAGUACUCAUCAGAAUAAUUCAACCGUUACUAGCACAUCCAACUGUACUCGUAAUCAACAAAAUAAUUCAAAUAGUAUAAAAAGUAAAAUAAAACGUGUAUUUCGACCAAAUAAUUCAAUACCGCCAAAUUCAAAUCGUUCACGAACAUCCAAUAACAAUAACGAUGGUACCAUAGACUCAACGACUAAUAGUGCACGUUUAAUAACACAAUUAACCACUGCAGCGCUGUGUGCAAGUACACCAGUACUACCAACAUGUGGUGUUGGUAUUGCCUCACCAUCAAAAGUAAAAAAACCAUUGACAGUACCAAAAUUAGAAAUAACAUUAGUCAAUAAUAAUGGUGAAUUAGAUCGUACAACAAAUGUCACGAAUGGAUAUACAACUAAAACUCAAGGAUCAAUAAUUGAACAGGUUAAUCAACAGAAAUCGAUUUAUGCAACCACGGCAUCCACAUCGAAUAAAACUAAGAAGAAAAAAUGACAGCAAUUCAUGGUACAUUAAAAUUAUUAUAUAAUUGUCGUUACAUUUAAUCUUCCCAAUGUUUUUUAAAGUAAGAGGCGAAUAAUACUUUUAAUUAUUUUCACAAAAUACGAAUAGAGAACGGCCGACCAAUCAGCAAUAAAAUAAAAUCAAAAUCGUGUCAAAAAUCUUCAGAAGGUGACUACUAUAUCUAUGAAAUUUGUAGCUCCCAAAAUUAAAUUGAUUGAAAAAAUCCUUCAUGUUUGUCAAAGGAUCCUUUAUAAAUAUUUGUUUACCAAAAUUA